GGCCACUGGCUAGCGCUCUGGGGCGCACGGGCUGCUCCUGCUACGCCGAGUCUGCAGACGCCACCGCCUCUUCCUUCUCUGACCCUCCUCCUCGCCGCCGCCGCCGCUCUCCGGCCUCCGACUGCCAGCCCCGCCGCCACCCGGCUUCGGCUCCGGCCGCGCUGCCCUCUGCGGUCGCCAACUGGGGAUCCCGAGCGAAGGGCGGGUGGCCUUGCCAGCAGGAACCAUGUCUUGGCAUUUCCCCUUCGUGCUCGUGGUCACAGUGACGUUGCCCUCCGUGUGCCUCCAGUUCAACCCUCAGCCUCUGGAGGAACUAGGCUCCGACAUAGGAAUCCAGGUGUUCAGCCAGAUCGCCAAGUCCCGGCCUCAGGAGAACAUCGUGGUGUCCCCGCACGGGAUCGCCUCCGUCCUGGGGAUGCUGCAGCUGGGAGCCGACGGCCGAACGAAGGCCCAGCUCACCGCGGUGAUGAGAUACGGCGUGAAAGGAGUUGGUAAAACGCUGAAGAAGAUCAAUAAGGCCAUCGUCUCCAAGAAGAACAAAGAUACUGUGACGGUGGCUAACGCGAUGUUCGUGAAGAAUGGCUCUAAGAUCGAGAUGCCUUUUGUCACGAGGAACAAGGAUGUGUUUCAGUGCGAAGUCCGGAACGUGAACUUCAAGGAUCCAGCCUCCGCCUGCGAUUCCAUCAACGCGUGGGUUAAAAACGAAACCAGGGGCAAGAUCGACAACCUGCUCUCCCCAGACCUCAUCGACGGCGCGCUCACCAGAAUGGUCCUGGUCAACGCCCUGUAUUUUAAGGGUUUGUGGAAAUCACGGUUUCGACCCGAGAACACAAAGAAGCGUCCGUUCAUGGCAGCUGAUGGGAAGUCCUACCAGGUGCCGAUGCUGGCCCAGCUCUCUCUGUUCCGGAGCGGGUCGGCAAGCACCCCCAACGGCCUGUGGUACAACUUCAUCGAGCUGCCCUACCACGGGGAGAGCAUCAGCAUGCUGAUCGCGCUGCCGAGCGAGAGCUCCACCCCGCUCUCCGCCAUCAUCCCUCACAUCAACACCAAGACCGUCGACAGCUGGACCAGCAUGAUGGUGCCCAAGAGGGUGCAGGUCGUCCUGCCCAAGUUCACAGCUGCAGCUCAGACAGAUCUGAAGGAGCCGCUGAAGGUCCUUGGCAUCACCGAGAUGUUUGAUCCAUCAAAGGCAAAUUUUGCAAAAAUAACAAGGUCAGAAAACCUUCAUAUUUCUCACAUCUUGCAAAAAGCGAAAAUUGAAGUCAGUGAAGAUGGAACCAAAGCUUCAGCAGUAACAACUGCAAUUCUAAUUGCAAGGUCAUCGCCUCCCUGGUUCAUAGUGGACAGACCUUUUCUGUUUUUCAUCCGACAUAAUCCUACAGGUGCCUUCUUAUUCAUGGGGCAGAUCAACAAACCCUGAGAAGGGUUCCAGAAGAAGCCAUGCAAAGCAAAAGCAAACCCAACUUCGCUGUGAAGAGACAACUCCUGGCCUGCAUCUUUCAUAGUUCUUUGAAAUCUUUUGUACUUUACUUUCUUUUUCGAAACUAGUUCUUAAGAGCGGAGACUCCAUGAUGCAAGCGUUUCUAUUCUGGGAUGUGUUAAAGCAGGGGAAAGGGCAGGACAGCGGGAACACUGUACUGAGAAAUGAACAGAAAGGCCCCCAAGUGUUUAAAAGUUUCCUUAAACUACUGAGUGGUUACUUAGGUAACAACCCUCUUGAGUAUUUACUGUCCAGUUCAGGACUUUUGUUUUGUUUCGUUUAUAUGUAUGGCUUUGCAGAGGAAAUUUAAUCAGCGUGAUGAGGGGAAAAGACAUUUUAUGGUAGCUUUUACAUUUCUAUGAAAAAAUAUUAUUGGCCUCUUUUAAUUAUUUUUGUUUCGUCUCAUCCAAAGUCUUGAGCGUAAGCAUUCUUUGGGGUGCGGGGGUAGAAGUAGUGAAAUCUGUAGCCUCUGUGUGUUUUGGAUGUUGUUGUUCUCCUUGUUGUUUUAUAUAUUGCAUGUAUUCACUAAAAUAAAGUUUUAAAAACUAA